UUUUUUAAAAAAUAAAAAAAGAAAAAGAAAACCUCCCCAGGCGGUCUGCAAUUUGCAUUCCGUUCAAGUCCUUCGUGGUUUUUGGAAGGAUCCAAUCCCACAAUAACGAAAUUCGCGAACUUGUAUCGAUACUUCAAACAAAUUCCCGAUCUUGUUUUCUGGUGAAGCCGAAACUCUAUACCUACAAACUCUGGUCAUUUGAUCAACACCUGGCGCCACCGUCAGAUUCUCAUGCCGGUAAGUAAUUCUCUCAAAGCGAUAUUUGAAGAAGUGUCACUAACAGCGGAAAUUUAGUAGCUUGGCCAAACAAACAGUGAAGCAGCUGCUAUGGGGAUAAUCAGAAGUUGCUUCUCUUUCAUAGCAGGCACGGUCUGUGGGGUUUACUUGGCGCAGAACUAUAAAGUUCCAAACAUCAGGAAGCUUGCUGACACUGCCAUGGUCAUGGCCAAGCACGUCGAGGAACAAUAUCGCAAACCUAAGAAGGGUAAAGAUGACGACAACUAUGAUUAGUGCCUGUGCAAUGCUACGUUAGAAUGAGUUUCUUGCUUUUUGGGUUCCUUCCCCCCCCCCCCUAGAGUCGUGGAUUAUAUAGAAUCAAACGUGUUAAUGACAAAUUAUUGAGAAACACGAGUUAUUCAAUUCUUUUUAUACUAGUGUUUUUAGCAUUUAAAUUGCUUUGGAUUUUGCAACAAGUGGAGGGAGUUUGUCAAUAUCUUUGAUUGAUAGGAAAGAUUUUAAAGAAGCUGGAAACUUUAUCUUACAAAUGAAUGAAUGGGUUCAGUGGCAAUUUGCCAUCCAUUUUUUAUA